AUGUCAAAUGGAUUUGAACAUGUUGACCAAGAUGAGGUCAACAAUAGAGCACCAACUUCUGAACAUGUGACGAUAGGAAGAAAUCCGACUCAAGAACCUCCUUCCCCUACUGUACUGCUUGUAGCGCCAUCAGUUGUACCUCCACCUCCUCCAGUGAUUGAAUCUGAUAAAUGUACGUCGGUUGAGAAACUCAGAAUGUAUGGAGCUAAAGAAUUUUGGAACCAGAUUGAUUUGAAAUGUCAGACUAGAGAGAUGAUUUUAGUUGAGUCUGAGAAUCCGAAAGAUAUUGUUAGAAUCAUUUCAGCUUUUUCUGCUCAAAGACUGAUGCGAAAAGGUAAUGAUGCAUUUCUAGCUUACAUUCUUGAUACCUGGGAUUUAGAACCAAAACUAGAUCAGUUACCCAUAUUUAGUGAGUUUGCUGAUGUAUUUCUUGAGGAAUUGCCAGGUUUACCACCUGAUCGUGAAGUUGAGUUUGUAAUUGAUGUGAUUCCUAGAACUGCUCUGAUAUCAGUAAUGACAUACUGUAAGACACCAGCUAAACUAAAGGAAUUAAAGGCACAGUUGUCUAGCAAGUUACAACCAAAGUUUUGUCAAAAAGUUUUCAAUGAUUACUUCGCCGUUGACCCGAUUAUUACAGAAAAUGUUGAAUUUUUUUGGUCCAAUGAGUGUCAGCAGAGUUUUGAUCAGUUGAAGAAGAUGUUGACGGAAGUUCCAGUUUUGACUCAGCCAGAAUCUGGCGUACCGUAUGUUGUCUAUAAUGAUAUGUCUCUUAAUGGUUUGGGUUGUGCUAAUGUGGUUGCGGAUGCACUUAGUCAAAAGUCAUCAUUGUUUACAGUUCGAGCGUUGAACGCUCAUUUAACUCUUAACAAAGAUGGUUCUAUAUUAGCAGAGUUGAGAAGGAAACCUUUGUUUCUUCAACAAAUUUGGGAAUUGCAAGAUGAUAAUCUAAAAUUGGUGUUAAAACGACAAAUGGUUCAGGACAAUUUGGGUCCAGAGUAUAGCAUUGAUGAUAGUGCCAGGUAUGAAAUGGGAAAUCUAGGAAUUUGUAGCAAAAUGUUUGAUUUGUCAGCAGCUGAAAGUAGAACAUCAAGUACCAACAGGUUUACUACAACUUGUCAGAUUCCUGAAUGGAAGUGGGAGCAUGUCACAAUGUAUUUUGCAUUCGAUUUGAAAAGAAGAGAUAUAAAAUUUGCUGUUGGUGAUCAGGUAUUCUUAAAAGUCUCUUUAUGGAAGAAAGUGUUACGGUUCGGUAGGAAAGGGAAGCUGAGUCUAAGAUUUAUUGGAUCGUAUGAAAUUGUCGAAAGAAUCGACCUUGUAGCUUACAGAUUAGCUUUGCCUCCUGAACUUGAGAAAAUUCAUAAUGUGUUCCAUGUAUCAAUGCUGAGAUGGUACAGAUCUGAUCCUUCACACGUGAUUCCUCAUAGUGAGAUUGAGCUACAGCCACACAUGACAUAUUUGGAAGAACCAGUGAGAAUUGUAACUCGAAAGGUUGAAGAAUUGCGAAAUAAACGAGGACCAUUGGUAAAAGUUUUGUGGCAUCGACAUGGUUCAGAGGAAGCUAACUGGGAAGUUGAAGAAUCAAUGAGAUUACAAUAA